AUCAAUGACGCAUGUAUCGUUGUACGUCUGUUGGCCGUCCCUGCAGGAAUAAGAAUGAAAAUGAAAUUCGGCCAUUUAUUGGAAUCAUGGUUUAUUUUAUCGAUCUGUAUCCUUAUAGAGUGUUAUCCCGAGAAACGGUUCCUUAUAUCGUCUAGCGACAAAGAAAGGCUGUUCUGCUUUCCACCAAUCAGCUACUGUCAUUUACAAUGUACGAAUGGAUAUUUAAAUAAUCCCACUGGAUGCCCUAUUUGCCAGUGUCGAUCUCAGACUCAAGUCUCAACUGGUAUGCCUACUAACUCAAUGUCAUAUCAAACACAGGCCCCUCAGAGUUAUGUUCCCCAGUCAAUGUCAUCCGGGUCAUUACCAUCUGGGCCACUUUCAUCCGGGUACAAUAUGUUCAGCAACCCGUGUCAGCCACAACAGAUGUUUUGUUCCCUCACGUGUCCAAACGGCUUCCUCACCGGAAAUAAUGGUUGUCACUUCUGCUUCUGCGCCUCAGCGCCCCAAGGGACGAAAGCUCCACCUACAACAACAUCCGGGCCUCUCACCAUCCUGAACAACCCAUGCGUGGCCAGUCAGCACCACUGUGGGCUUCAGUGUAACUAUGGUUACCUGAAGGGUCCCACUAACUGUAACUACUGUUUGUGUGCUCCUCCUGGCCUCGUUAUCACCGUCAACACUACAGUGGCUCCAACGUCGACAACUCAGCUUACAAGCCCGACCCCUACUGGUGUCAUCCUCCCCGACCCCUGUGUCCCAAGCCAGUCCUCAUGCGCGAUGCAAUGCGCAAAUGGGUUCGUUAAAGGCCCACAGGACUGUCAGUACUGCCUGUGCGCGCCCUCUACUGUCGCGACCACAACUACCACUAGUAGUCCAACAAGCAUAUCAGCUCACGCAAAACCAGCUCUUAGUCAUGAUUCACACGGGAACUCUUCGGCGACGUCACUUCCGGUACCGAGCACGAUUAGUCCUGACGUAGCAAACGAGUGUAUCAUAGCAACGACGAUCUGCCAGCUAAAGUGUGCUAGCGGAUUCAUGACAGACCCUCAACACUGCACAUUUUGUGUGUGUAAGGACGAGAUGUAUAACAAAACCGGGAUUCCGAAGUCCGAUGAGCCGACGAUUCUUCUCCAAAACCCGUGCGUGGAACAAAUGGACACUUGUAGAAUUUUUUGUAUGACUGGAUACCUCCGGGGACCUAAGGACUGCCAGUACUGCGCAUGUCGACAUUAGAAUAACAACUAUCUUCCGUUUCCGGUUUCACAUGAUAUUGCCUACGAAAAAAUUGUUUGAGGAGGAGAACGUAUUCAAAUGCUUAUCUGUGAAAGUAUUUCGUUUGAUGUAAAAGGGCGGAAUAUUUUGAAUGGAAAGAUGCGUGAAACUAAUUUAUUCAUUAUGUUAUUAAAUAUUUAAAACGUU